AAUUGGCGCGAAAACACUGAACUGAACAAGCCGGACUAGUUGUUUUUAUUAAAAAAAACUUUUUAUCUGGGUUUUUAGUAAUAAUUUUUUGGUCGAAAUGAAUUUACGCCGCAGAUCGUCACCACAAGAGAAGGAAGAGGAAGCAAAAAGAAUGAAGCUUGAAGAAGAGAAAAUCGCCAAAUACAAAGCCAACAGACCAUUUAUAAAGUUCAAAGGAAAAAUUACCUAUCAUACAGAACUAAUAGACAUAGCUUUAGUGAGUGAUAAUUUAUUAGAAAAAGCAAACAGUUCAUCGGAGCUGUUAAUCAUCGGAUUUGAUUUGGAGUGGCCGUUUUCCUUCAAAACUGGUCCCGGAAAAACUGCAACCAUACAGAUUAGCUGUGACGAAAAGCAUUGUUAUAUCUUCCACGUAAGUAAGAUUAAAAACCUACCUAAAACCCUCAGCGAACUGUUGACCCAUCCAAACGUGCGACUGACUGGGAAUUGCAUCAAACAAGACGUUCGAAAACUAGCACGAGAUUUUACAGGUUUUGAUAGUGAUAAGAUGGUAGAUAAUUGCGUUGAUUUGGGACAUUUAGCUAACAGUAUUCUUUCUACAACUAACAGGUGGAGCUUGGAGAGACUGGUGGAUCACCUUCUGGACUUACGAAUAAGCAAAGACAAAAAAGUCAGGCAUAGCCAGUGGCAUGUAAUUCCUCUGUCAAAAGUUCAGCAAAUAUAUGCUGCAACCGAUUCAUAUGCAAGUCUUUUACUGUAUAAUAUUUUGAAAAGUCGUGAAAAUGAGCUUAAGGCUUUGGAAAACUAGAUGCAUUAUUUGUGUGACUGGAGGAGUCUUGGAGACUUCUGUAUAUAUUUAUUUACUUAUAAGAAUAAAGUACAGGUACUUUUUUAUUAUGUAUAUUGUAAGAAUUUUUUGAUCUGAUCAUUUAUAGAUGAAUGUAAUGUAUUCAAAUUAUUUUUUAAUGUUUAUACCAGAGACCAAAUAAAAACUUUUACAACCAUA